UUUGGAGAUGUGCAUCACCCACAUUCUGCAGCGGUAUGGCCCACUCACCAGCUACUUCAAAUCUGCGAAUGAGAAACAACCAAGAUUCAGAAGGCUGGCGGAGGCAUUUUCCAAUCCCUUGAUGGAAGUCUACCUCCUGUUCCUUCAGGCCACGUUGCCCGUGUUCUCUACACUGAACCUCCUUCUCCAGAGAGAAAAGGCAUCUAUAUUCCAGCUGUAUGAAGAGAUGAAGAAAUUCAUCAAGAAACUCUGUUCGAGGUUCAUGACACCAGCAGCGCUACGAGAGGGAGAAGUCCAUGAUAUCCCCCACAUGGACCCACAGCACCAACUGCCAGGAGAAAAACUCAAUGUGGGAUUCACCACCAGAGCCACGCUCAACAGACUUCUUGAGGCUGGAGACGUCACAUCCCAGGAGGCCAAAGAAUUCCAGCAGGCAGCACUAGCAUUCCUAGUCAGAGCUGUGGAGUAUGCCAUGGCUAAACUACCACUGACAGAUCCUCUCCUGAAACACGCAAGAUUUGUUAAUGUGCAGCUGAGAGCAGAGUGUGGGGUUGAAGAUGCCUUGUACUUUGUGGACAGAUUUCAGGGACUCCUUCCUUAUCACGACCCCAAAGAGCAGGACCAAAUAAGUGAGGAGUUCAUGGACUACCAGCUGAUGGACAUUGCCAUGCCUGAGGACCCAACAUCAUUUGAUGUUGAGGAGUUUUGGGGGAAAACGUCCUCAACAAAGAACAAGGCAGGAGCAAAAACAAGACAAGUGGCUGAAACACUGCUGGGGAAAGGUACACUGAGUGGAAGGGAAGGACCAACAGCCAGGGAAGGCUUUUCCUCAGUCCUACUUCUCAGUCUGCUGGGGCCUCCUAUACUGACAUACCAAAUGAUGAAGCCAAGAGGUAGACCUGCUGGUCGUCCCCUGAUCCAAGGUGGACCUCAUCACACAUUUGGCCCACUCCAAGCCCCUGAGCGGCUGCCAUGCAGGCUAGAGUACCUUGGAGAAGAUCAGGGAUUGCUUUUUCUGGCUGGGAUGAAUGCUAAAGUUAAGAACUUCCGCCAGCACUGCUCCCGCUGCCAGUGUACUGCCCCAAAGAAACCUGCCCCACUCAUGCCUCUGCCUAUCAUCAGCUUUCCCUUUGAGAGAGUGGGCAUGGAUCUGGUGGGUCCCCUUCUUAAGUUGGCCUGGGUUCACGAACACAUUCUUCUUGUUGUGGACUACGCCACCCAUGACUCUGAGGCUGUCCCCUUCCCCAGUCCUUGA